CCUAACUAGGUGCAAAGUUGAACAAGUUAUGUCAUUUAUCGAAUAUUCGAUCAAUCAAUUUUUUAUAAUUUAUUAACUUGAUACAACGCAAGUAAUCAUUGAUACGUUAUCUUUUUGUAAGCGCCGACAUGUCCGAAGCCGGAAUUUGCAAAAUCAAGCCCGAGUUUGUUCUGCCCGAGCACUGUCGCGAAGUCGCAUUAGAGUGUGUUUCCGAUAAAGAUAAACGCACACUGACUCAGAGCGAUGACGCCCCUCCAGAGAAAAAACAGAGGCUGUCAAAAAGUGAAAAGAAGAAGCUGCGAGGGCAAAAUAAGUCAAGGGGCCCCACUUUUAGGUGCAACCGUGAACAGGAACUGUGCAAUACGUUAAUCAAUGGUGACGAGGCUGCCAAGUGUGAACGCAAGAACUGCCAAUUUUUGCACGACGUGGCUGAGUACUUGAAAAUAAAACCGAAAGAUAUAGGGGAAGUUUGCUACAACUAUGACACUUUUGGUGAGUGUGGCAGAGGCCUGGCGUGCAGGUUUGGCAGCAGCCACAUCACUGAAGACAGACACAACCAGGUUAAUCCAGAAAAAGUCACUGUAAAACCUCAGACUAAAAAUUUCCUGUCACAUGAUUUGCAAGUGUCGUUAAGAAAGCGCACAUACAAUUUUGAAUUAUCAGAGAAUUUAAUAAAGUUUAAUGACAACAACAAACAGAAAAAAGAGACAGAAUCAAAAACCAGUGGCGCCGUGACCGACGAAGACUUAGUUAAAUUAACCCAAAGAGAGAAGAAGCAAAUUGACUGGAAAAACAAGUUAGUUUUGAGCCCUUUAACCACAGUUGGUAAUUUACCGUUCAGAAGAAUUUGUAAAGAAUUCGGUGCUGAUGUGACAUGUGGUGAAAUGGCCAUGUGUUCGUCGCUUCUUCAAGGAGCCCCUCAAGAGUGGGCGUUGGUGAAGCGCCACCACACUGAAGACAUAUUUGGGGUGCAGUUGUGUGCCAAUAACCCACAUUUGUUGACAAGAUGUGGUCAAUUGUUACAACAGGAGGCCGAUAUUGAUUUUAUUGAUUUGAAUUUGGGGUGCCCCAUUGAGCUAGUGUACAAAGAAGGCGGGGGCUGUGGCUUACUGAGACGUUCGCGCGUUUUAGAAUCGUGUGUCAAAAAUCUUAGUCAGAUUUUGACAAUCCCCAUGACUGUGAAAACUAGAACUGGGGUGUACAAUAAUGAAAAGCUGGCACACAUUUUGGCGCCAAAAUUCCGAGACUGGGGGGUUAGCUUGAUCACAAUUCACGGCAGAUCUCGCGAACAACGUUACACGAAAGUCGCUGAUUGGGACUACAUUCGAGAAGUGGCUCAAGCAGCGACGCCUCUUCCAGUCCUAGGCAACGGCGACAUUUUAAGCUACAAUGACUACACAACUGCGCGAGAAAAGUGUCCCGAAUUAGCCGGAGUCAUGAUAGGACGGGGGGCCCUAAUCAAGCCGUGGCUGUUCACAGAAAUCAAGGAACAAAAACUGUGGGACAUCAGUAGCUCCGAACGUUUUGAUAUUUUAAAGAAGUACGCCAAUUACGGGUUGGAACAUUGGGGUUCAGAUAACAAAGGCGUGGAAAACACGAGACGUUUCAUGUUGGAGUGGUUGUCAUUCCUGCACAGGUACGUCCCAGUGGGGUUGUUGGAGCAGCCGCCCCAGAAAAUUAACGAAAGACCGCCUUCAUACAAAGGUCGCGACGAUCUCGAAACUUUGAUGGCUUCAACUGCGGCGUCCGAUUGGGUUAAAAUCAGUGAAAUGCUUUUGGGGCCGGUCCCCGAAAACUUUCAAUUUUUACCCAAACAUAAAGCGAAUUCUUAUAAAUGAUAAUAAAAUGUGUCAAAAUGUU